CCAUCAGAAGCUCAUGCACAUGCUCAAUAUUUGCAGUUAGCACUUGUUCUAUGGCUCCGCGCAUCGUGUCAAGCAAGAACUAUCUGACACAGCUGAUUCUACACAACGGUCACUCCCCAGCAUCAGCCGGAAUCCUGCAGCCUGAGGUUAUAUCACUUGGCUGUCCAGAAUCCAUUUAUCAGUAUUCAUGUGGGUUCACUGAUCAGUCUCUACUGCGUUCGCCUCCUCAGCAUGAGCACAGAACCAUGCUGCAUGUGCAUCUGGUGUUAACUUGCAUCAUAUUUCCCAGCGUACGAAGAUGGCGCGAAGAAGGAUUGUCUGCAGUGGCAUCGUGACUAGUACCAAGCCUUUGGAACACAGUCGACCGUGUGGUGCGGGUCAGGUUUUCCGUGGUACGCAUACAAUUGCUGCAUUUGCGCCCAAUGGUAAAACGGUCGAGUAUAACCCCAAAAAUGUCAGCCAUACCAAGAACAUUAAAAUCGAGUUCCCACUGAAUGGCACCAACUACGACAUUAGUCCAAGUCGGAGUAACGAGAGAGCUAAUACAAGAGACAAGUUAAUCCGCAAAGUUAGACAUGCCAUCCAAUACAAAUAUGGACCGGGAUACGACGUGCAGCCCUAUGGAAGCUCAGUGUAUAUGGCGAUGCCAGUCCUGCCAAGAAUAGGACAUGGAGACCUGGAUCUUGCUGUGCUUGAUACCAAUUGGCCACAAGGUUUUUCUCCGGAGAUAGACAUGAAACAUCUACCUCCCAUCUAUAAUAUUAGAAAACUUGCUCGGACAAUGCGACAUGCAGGCUUUACUGACGUUGAAGCAGUUCCCUGGGCCCAGGUUCCCAUUGUAAAGUUCACUGACCCUGCAUCUGGGCUUCACAUCGACGUAAAUGUAAACGAGAGGCUGGGAUUGAUGAACACUGACCUUAUCAAGACAUACUGCGAUAUGGUGCCCAACCUUCGUUGUUUAAUAUCUGCCAUCAAACAAUGGGCUCGUCCACGGGCCCUCAAUCAGCCCUCUAUCUCCGAAGCAAUCCGAACUUUCAAUUCCUAUGCAUUGGUGCUUAUGACGAUUGGAUGGCUCCAGACUCGGGACUUGGCGCCGAAACUACAAGCUGGCCUUCAGCCAAUGGAAUCCAACGAGUACCUUUUUUGGAUGCGGCCAUCAAACUCAUUCAAGCGGAUACCUUGUGACACACGAUAUCGCAAGCCCACGACGUGGGCAGCACCACACAUUGAUGCCCUGGACAACCUCGUAGAGCAAUGGUUCGGGUUCUGGGCUCAAUUUCAAUUUUCGCGCCAUGUGAUAGACAUCAAGCGGGGAGGCAUUUUCCCCCGCAUUCCGCAUUUCGAAGAAGCUGCACAACCUGACUAUGACUCCCGAGGCCCUCGAUCCGAACUCCACAAUAGUUGGUCAACGUUUCUCGGUCCGGAUGUGGAUUCGAGAACAAUGUUAGAAAGUUAUCCCAUUUCUGUCGUAGAUCCGUUCAUUCGAUCAAAAAACGUCACCAGGGGCAUUAACGCUCAAGCAUUGCACAUGUUCCAGGCCGAGUGCGCGAGUGCUGUCGAGCUACUGAAUCUCGGCACUGACAUGACGAACAUCAUUGAUGGAUUUGACAUGCUCAAGCAGGAUUAUAAUGGACAUCGGACAGCCAGGCUACGGCAGACUCGAAGGGACCCUCACGGCCAGUCCGCAACGGUCCUGAAAGCAGAGGAGGUCGACGCUAUUCCUGACUGGAGCCUUGUUUCACGACAAUCACCUGAAUCAAUUGAUGUUCUACGAUACAGGGACUUGAAACGUGAUGACCUAUCUGCUGAUGGACGGAUCUUGUCAGACACCCUCGAAUCGUCUCAUAUACCAAAUGAGCAAAUCAGGGACAACGAAGAAGGCUUUGGGCUAAAGCCGUCUUACUUUCAUAAGAUUCGUCGUGUAUAGAGUAUCCAUGUUUGUUGUCCGAGGAUCAUACGUAUUUGCCUUUAAAAGUCAUUGCAGUUGAAUGGUACUUCUUACUGUUACGACACAUGGUAUAUAUACCCACAUUACCUCAUGGCGUGGGGCAGUGUCAUGAUG